GAAUUCCCUCUUCGUUCUUUGUGGCUCGCUGCAAGUUUUGUAUACAUUCGUUGGGUGUACUGGUGCUGUCAGUGUUAAAAUCCUAUUUUUGUUCGAUUUUGAUGAAAAUAUUGCCGGACACAACGAAAAUCUCUAAGAAAAUAAGCAGGAGAACCGCAUCAUGUCGACGGCAUCAAUGGACAUUUUCCUCAAUGCCAAUGACUCGCUGUCAUUCACUGAUUUCCUUGACGUUGACAUUGACUUGAAAAAAGAAACGGACACCCUGGUCGGUGGUCCGAACGACUUUUCCGGGUUCAAUUUCAACGAACUGCCUUCCUUCGAAUUCGAAGAUGUCCAUGACAUCACAUGGUUCAACUCCAACUCGAACCAUUCGAAUUUGGACUUCAGCGGCGAAGACGGUCCGACGAUGGUCAACCCUAAUGCCGUCAUGCCGCUAAUGUCUGUGGCCCAAAGCGUGAGAUCUCCUUCUCCAUCCUUAAAGGAGAGCCACUUGACUUUUUCUCCGGCCACCAUCAAAAUAGCCGCCAUUAAGCCCGAAGCGACGGCCAUUAAGAAAGACCUGAGGAUGAGGCUGGAGGAGGCCCAAGGGAAGAAACCUCUGAUCAAAUCCAUCACGAAAGUGACCCCGAUCCUAGCGAAACCCGUCAAGACGCUACCGAAGCCGCCGACCAUUCUUACCUUUAGGAACGCCGUUCCUAGGCCAGUCGCCCCGGCGCCAAUCAGCGCCUCUCAGGUGACCAAUCUCACGACUCUUCGCACCGUCUCCACAACACCGGUGAACCGCAAGGUUCACCCUCGAGUCAUCUACGAUGAUUCUGAUAGGAUUUUUCCCAAGCCGGCUUACAGCUACAGCUGCCUCAUUGCAAUGGCCUUGAAGAACAGCAGGUCUGGCAGCUUGCCUGUUUCCGAGAUCUACAACUUUAUGUGCAAGCAUUUUCCUUAUUUCAAGACGGCGCCAAGCGGCUGGAAGAAUUCCGUUAGGCACAAUCUGUCUUUGAAUAAGUGCUUCGAGAAGAUCGAGAAGCCGGCGCUGAACGGGGCGCAGAGGAAGGGCUGCUUGUGGGCCAUGAAUCCGGCGAAGAUCAUCAAGAUGGACGAGGAGGUGCAGAAGUGGUCGAGGAAGGAUCCCCAUGCCAUCAAGAGGGCCAUGGUCAAUCCUGAACAUCUGGAGCUUCUAGAAAGGGGCGAGAUGAAGUUUGCUUCUUCCUACGACGAAACGGAUCAUUUCGGAGAUUCUUGUGGAAGUGCUGAAGAACAGAGCGAAGCUUCCGAUUCCGACCAAGAUCAGGAACAGGAGAAUAAUUUGAAUAUGCAAUAUGAAUAUAUUCAAGUGAAUAACGACGAUGGUUCAGACCUCGACGUUGAGGCUUCCGAUUGUGGAUUCGAUGAGAUGGAGGUUGAGCAAGACUUUCUCAGGCAACAGAUGGCUCUUGCCCAGAAGGAUCUCUUAGAUCAGGAGAGGUCAGUGAGCAAUAAGAGGAGAAGGACGUAUAUUUUACAACAUUAGUCGAAUGUCAACUAAGUGUUCGUUAAGGGUUCCGGUUAGUUAGUUUCUAUUGCAGCAAUUGUUAAUGAAUCUAUCUGGCAUGGCAACUCCUAUUUCUAACGAAAAAGCAAAGCUGUGUUUGAUUGGUGAUAACUUGUACAUAGAUGUAAUAUUCCUGCCCUUGUAUCUCUUUAGAUUUAAAUAUUUAAGUGUUUGAUUUUACUAUAACAAGACUGCCGAUUCAGAAGAUGUUUAUUUCUGUCGUCUAUUUUGAUUUCGUUUGUUUUGUGUUGAAAACAUUUUUUGCUAGUCGUGAGAGUAUGAUAUUUUCAAUAUCAUCGAAGAUGUCAUGCUCUGACUGUUUUGAGUUCAAAUUUCCGAGAUCAACCCGAAGGCAGCUACUCCGGGGUUAAAUUUUUCUUGAAAAUUUAAACUUGACACCAUUUAGAUUUUAUUGUUUGACUUUUGGUUUUCUGUGCGGGGUUGAUUAAUAACUCACU